UGACCUUCCAGGCCCAGCGGGGCCACCGCCGGCACCGUGUCCACAUGGAUGGCGCACCGUCCACACCCGCAACACUGUGCCUGCAGUUCAACCACUGGGGAGCGUCUUAGUUCGGAACCGCCCGGCUCCGGGGAGGCCCUGAGUGUCCGCGAACGCGGUGACUACGUGCUUGGGUAAAGGGCAUCGGCCCUGAAACUUUCACUGGCUCCUGCCUGAUUGCUCACCAAAAACCUGUGUUCUCCUCCUCGCGGAUUACUCUCUCAGCAUAUUGAAGAUACCACUCAGCUCUUCUGGAUUUCAUUAAUGCCAUUGGAAACUCAGCUUUCAGUGUAAAGGUCAUGGUUUCAAAGGCAAGCGCGACUGUUCCCUCCGAUGCUCCCUCCCGCGGGUCCCUUUCAUCGGGCGCAGAUGGCCCCAGUGGCCAUUCCAGGCUGUUAGACGAGGAGCAGGCCCGGAACUUCCAGGACAGCAUCAAGCGCCGCAUCUUCUACCUCUCAGAGCAGCUGCGAGUGGAGAAGGCCAGUCGGGACGAGAACAUCGUGAGCUACCUCAAGCUGGUGUCCAAAGCUGACCGGCACCGGGCCCCCCACGUCCGGCAGGUCUUCGAGAAGGUGAACCAGCGUGCCUCUGCCACCAUCGCCCAGAUCGAGCGUAGGCUCCGUCGUUGUCACCAGAAGCUGCAGGAGCUGGAGGAGGGCAGGAGGCCCAAGGGUCUCGCGCUGAAGGCCGAAAGCAGCCCACAUCCCUGCAGGCGGCCUGGUGAGAAGGCCCCGUUUUCAGAGCCUCCCAGGCCUCCCAGUGGGAAAGACACUGACCUGUCUGAUGUCGUCAGCCACUCACCCGUGGCGAGUCAUUUCCCAGCUUUGCAGCCGGGGAAGUCCUCGGAGACAAGGUGUGUGGCCCAGCAGGCCCAGCAGCGAAGCCGGCUGUUGUGGAAGAUGAAGGAAGACCUGAGAGAAGUCAGGGAGCUCCACCUCCACCUCCAGGUGUCCUAUCAGAGCCUGAAGGAGAGUUGUCUGAGGGACCUACAGGUGUCGCUGGAGUCCCUCCAGGAAGAGAAAUGCAGACAAGCAUCGAUGGAAGAACAGGUGAAUGAGCACGUCCAGGAGCACCUGGAUGAGAUUUGCCGCCUCAAACAGAAUCUGGCCUGCGCUGAAGAGAAAAUGGCCUACCUGUCCUACGAGAGAGCCAAGGAAAUAUGGGAGGUCAUGGAGACUUUCAAGAACCGUAUAUCUAAGCUCGAAACUCUGCAACGAGUAACACAGCUGGAGCUGGCGGGCAGCCGCAGGGUCCGUCCCCAGGAGUUCGCGCUCUGGUUCGUAAGCCUGCUCCUCACGCUGGCCACCAUCCUGCUGGCCUGCACCUGCACCGUGGGCGCCGGCCCCGGGCUGCUGCUGGGCUCCCGCCUGCGCGCCUGUGCUGCCCUCAUGCUCAUCGGGCUCGGGGCCCUGGCCUGGCAGACAUGGUGUGCCCUCCCUGCCGUAGGCUGGCAGGCCUGGGUCCCCUCCAGAUGGAGCCCGCAUUCUAGGGAGUCCGAGCCUCCAGCAGACGGGCAUUAGCAGGGCUGGGGCUGCUGGUUCAGGCCGCCUUCCGGGUGCCGAGGGCAUCCAGCCAGCCCUACCGCGACAGCCACUUCUCCUUGCUCCCUUUCUGACUCCAUCACUACCAGCCCACCUUGCACGUCCCUGUUUCGUGAUGCUUCCUUACAAGCUGCAGACACAAGGCUUGGAAAAUAUUAAAGCCU